AUGCUCAACACCUCAGAAAUUGGGUCAGCUUGCACAUUCUGUUUAGUGGUGGGUCCUCCCUCAAAUUCAUCAUACACACGUUCAGAUUCAAUUCUCUUCAAGAUGAGUAGUUGCAGGAUUUCUGGAGUCAUAUAUGAGUGCUUGCUUUUUGAUAUGGAUGACACUCUCUAUCCAUUGAGCUUAGGGAUCAAUUUGGCAUGUCGCAAGAAUAUUAUAGACUAUAUGUUAGAACACUUGCAUAUUGAAGAAAGUAAAGUAUCAAAGAUGUGUCUGGAUUUGUAUCUCGAACAUGGAACAACUAUGGCAGGAAUGAAGGCUCUUGGUUACGAGUUUGAUAAUGAUGAGUUUCAUGCUUUUGUACAUGGAAGAUUACCAUAUGAGAAACUAAAGCAUGAUUUAGUGUUAAGGAACCUUCUUCUUUCCAUGCCUCAGCGUAAAAUAAUAUUCACCAAUGCAGAUCACGCGCAUGCAAUUGAAGUUCUCAGCAGACUUGGCUUGGAGGACUGUUUUGAAGGCAUCAUAUGCUUUGAAACGCUUAAUCCUCUCAACUCUUGCCGACAAAUCCUCUGCAAACCAUCUGUUGAAGCCUUUGAGGCUGCUAUUAGAAUCGCGAAAGUGGAUCCAAAGAAAACGAUUUUCUUUGACGACAGUGUUAGAAAUGUUGCAAGUGGAAAAGUAGCUGGAUUUCACACUGUGAUUGUCGGUCGUUCAGAUUUAGUGCCGGGUGCAGACCAUGCUCUCAACAGCAUUCAUAAUAUCAGAGAAGCAUUACCUGAAAUAUGGGAGGUUGAAGAAGGCAACCAACAGCAAAGAAUCCAAUCGCUUGCAGUUGAAGCUACAGUCCAUGCAUAG